CAGUGUAGUUUGCUGGCAAGUAAUCUACACAAUUUUGAACUAUAUUCCGUCGGAAAACUUACGAAUGGAGAAACAUGUAGAUGUGACAGUCAUUGGCGGAGGGAUAUCUGGUUUGACAGCAGCUUAUCACCUCCAUAAAAAGGACCCAGCAUUAAAAAUAUGUGUUCUGGAGGCGAAAGAUCGGGUUGGCGGCCGGACACUUACUCUGCCUCUCAAGUGUAAAGAUGGCGGAACUGACCACUGGGACCUGGGCGGACAGUGGGUGUCCACAUCACAGAAAGACAUCAUGGCUUUACUUGAGGAACUUGGGCUGGAAACCUACCCACAAUUCACCACAGGGUCAAAGGUUAUGCAGGUUGAGAGUGCAAAAAUCCAAAGCUACAAGUCCGAUAUUCCAUCUCUUUCACCGUUUGAACUCAUUGACCUUCAGUUAUUUAUAUGGAAGGUAGAGAGACUCCGGAAGCAGGUCGACCACGAGGAUCCUUACAACUGUAGUAAAGGCGAGGAGUGGGAUACCAAAACUCUAGAGACGUUCCUAAAGGAAUCGCUGUGGACACGUGGUGCCUACGAGACAGUUGCGGCCGCCAUUCGUACCACCGUUACCAUGGAACCGUCACAGAUGUCCACCCUCUACUUCCUUAGUUUGGUGUCAUCCGCCGGUGGCCUAAUGAUCCUCAUGGAAGCAAACGAAGAUGCCGCUCAGGGUUUAAAGGUCAAGGGAGGAACGCAGCAGAUCUCUAAGAUUUUAGCGGAGAAAGUCGGGACAGACAAUGUCCUGCUGGAGCACGCUGUUACUAAGGUGAUACAGAAUGAGAAAAGCAUUCAACUCAAAUGCCGGAACGGACUGACAGUGAGCUGUAAGCGAGCAGUGAUGGCCGCACCGCCGAUGGUUGCAAGAAAAAUACAGUUUGAGCCCCAGCUGUCCUUACAGCGAAGAGAGAUAGAGAAAUGGAUGCCCUUUGGAAACUACAUCAAAGUCAUUGUCACGUACCAGGAGGCAUUCUGGAGGUCCAAUGGCCAAUCUGGAGAGGCUGUGACGUAUGGCGGUCCCAGUGACGUAAGCGGAUGUGACGUAGGCCCUCUUUCUAUUGUGUUCGAUGCAACAACUCCAACAGGAAGUCCCGCGCUGGUGGCGUUCUUGGCGGGAGAUCAAGCUAUCCAAUGGGGCAGACAGAAAGCUCACACGAGAAAAAACGCAGUUUUAAAGACAUUGACAGAUUUCUUCGGGUCGCAAGCCGAAAGCUGCCUUGACUACUUUGAGAAGGACUGGAGUGAAGAGCUAUUCAUAGAGGGCGCUGUAGCAGCCGUCAGUACAGGAGCAAUGCGAAACUUUGCUGCUGGUCUCCGGGAACCGCAGGGGAGGUUACACUUUGCCGGCUCUGAGAGCGCCAGAGAAUGGGACGGGUACAUGUCUGGUGCAGUCCAGGCCGGUAUACGUGCAGCAACGGAAAUAUUACAUCAACUCCGGCCUGGCUCCGUCUCCAGUGGAGAACUGUUCGGAACAGCUUACAGUCCUUCAUACAAAGCACCACAACAUCUAAGAAGAAAAGUGAAACAAUCUUACAUCACUAGAGGUUUGAGCUUCGCCAUUUUAGUAGGCGUCAUUGCGCUGCUGUAUCGGAUUUUUGUAUCGUUAAUUUGAUAUGAUUGUUAUUUUUACUAAACUGUUUAUUAAACAGCUGUACACACAUAAAGUGUGAGAUGUACAUCCGGCUUUCUCAUUUUAAGAUAAAAGUACAUAAUUUAUUCAAUAGAUAUUGGCUCUCAAACAAUCGCUCUAUUGUUGUCAAAUAUCUGUAAAUUAUUGCCGUACUUCCUGGUGCUUUUUAAUUCUAAGAUCUACUAUAAUCGGCCAAGUACAUGUACUGUCUGUAACUUUAUACAUUCUGAUAAUUAGGUAUACGUUUCAAUCAAGUACAUGUACUUACUGUCUGUCUGUCUGUCUGUCUGUCUCUUUCUCUGUAUGUCUGUCUGUCU